GCAGGAUUUCAGGGAAAUGGCACAUAUUGUGAAGAUGCAUGUGCUGAGAAGAAUGGAGGUUGCUCAGCCCAUGCUGUGUGUAAGCGUAUGCUCCCAGGACGGAGAAUAUGCAUGUGCCAUCCAGGUUAUGCAGGCAAAGGAAAAGUAUGCACUUGACAAUCGUAUUUUUGACCUUGAAAUUCGGGGCCUCCUUACGGUCUUUGCCUUCAGAACAAAGAUAUAGAAACCAGUCAAUAGAUCUUUUAAAGCUGACCCCUGAAAACACCAGAAUCAUGAGGUACCACAUAGUGUGCUGCCGGACCCUCCUUCCACAAGACUUCAUGCAGCCUCGUAACCUGACCACACUUUCUGGGGACAUCCUCACCAUCACAUACUCUGAGGACACUGAUACAUUGAAGUUGGUGAUGGACCCGAUUCAUCAGCCUGUCACCCUGUUUAUGCCUACGGAUGAUGCAAUGUCUGCACUGGCUCAAGAGCAGAAAGACUUCCUGUAUGCAAUGCAUAACCGGGAUAAACUAUCUGAGUAUCUUAGAUACCACGUCCUGCGGGACACCAAGCUCCUGACUUCAGAGCUCAUCUACGCCAGCUCUUUGAAAACUCAACAGGGCUCAGAUCUGUCAGUGGCCUGCAUCGGGGAAGAGCAAAUAGGGGAGCUUUAUGUGAAUCAUAAAGGCUGUCGUAUUGUCAAGAGAUACCUUGAUUUCAAUGGAGGCAUGAUUUAUGGCAUUGACUGUUUGCUGAAUCCUCCAAGUCUUGGGGGACGUUGUGAUCAUAAGCAAACCAUUGAUUUCACUUUGGCUUGCAGGAGAUGUGGGAGCAGUAUUAUGGAUUGCCCACUUGGAAGCAAGCCAGUGACUUUAAGUGGCAGAGACAUAGAGCACCAUCUACUGGAUGGGAGGGCUUUAAUACUGCAGGCCCUUAUUAACGUCACUCAUGUCCGAACACGACUGGGCUCCAGUCUGACCAUCACCGGUGUGCCUGACCUCCAAAACCCUCAAAAAAUGACCUCCUCAGGAUACAUCAAUGAUCGGUAUGUCAUAGACUCCAACAUUUUUGCAUCCAACGGGGUGAUCCACGUUCUGCAGGGCCCACUGAAAGCGCCUUCACCUCCACCUCCAUCCUUCCACUCGGCUCAUUAGGCUGGGAUGGGCAUCGGCGUCCUGGGGCUCAUCAUCCUCAUCGUAGUGGCUGGAUUCGUGGGAUACAAUUUCUACACACAUAAAACAAAGCCAUUUCAGUUCCACUAUUUUAAGGAGGAUGAAGGGGAAGAUGUCCUCCCAUCAGAAUCCAGUCCAAAGAUCAGUAAUCCUGUAUACGAUGCUGCUCCUGCCACUAAAGAACAACCACCAACGGAAGAAGACAAGCAUCAAGUGAUUUCCAGUGGAACAUUUGACCUCCUGCAGGACAGCUGAAAUCACCUCUCCAACCAAGCAGUCAGUGCAGCUCUCUUUAUGAACACAAGAGGAAUGUGAACUCCAUGUUACAGUGAUGGGACAUUUACAUGCUAACACUAGACAGAGAUAUCAGAAUCUCCUGAUGCUGUGUGUGCAUGUUUUUGAUUGGUGUGUUUGCUUUGGAUGAGUGUGAAUGUCAUUUUUAAAACUUGUUUAUAAGCAGUUUCUAAAUUCUGUUGUAUUACAGGCAUUAAUAAAUGUCCAACAUGCAAUGAUUGAAAUAACUGCCCUGCUUAAAGCACAAUUUAAGGGAAAAAAUGGAAAUAAAAUAAAUAAAGAAGUGUUAA